AUGAGCACGACCCAGCCCGACACCGAAACCCUGUCCCCUCCCACCGGGUCGAAAUAUCGCUUCAUCAGAAACAAACCUCCAAAGAAACGUUCCUCACAAGCAUGCCUCGAGUGCCGUCGGCGAAAGGUCCGUUGCGAUAUCGUAGCGCAGAAGCCAGCCUCUUGCACAAACUGUCGGCUUGAUGGGGUUACCUGUGAGCUAGGGCGAAGAAAGAGACGGCCACCAAGACACGAGACCGUCCAACCCUCCCCUCCAACGCCCGACUCCUCCAUCUCAUCCCAUCGGCAUUUUCAUGCGAAUCCAGAAGUGGAUGCGCCGACCCAGCAUGAUGACCGUGGUGCCUUCGAUAUCCUUUCGAGCCCAGCGUUCGCUUUUCACGACACGCCUCGGCAAAACCUCAACCCGGAGAUCACUGCUCCUGCACUCUCGUGCCUUGCAAAACUAGCUACAGACAUUAACCUGCCCCCUUUCAUCAAACCGUUCCCCGAUACCCUACAGGCCGAGGAUUGGCAAUACCUCUGCGCGAAGAAAUGCUUCGACUUCCCACCCCCAGAUUUUGAAAAAAUCAUCUUUCAGCGAUUUGCCGAGUUCGUCCAUCCACUUCUUCCCCUGGUUGAUGUGCCCGAUGUGCUUUCCACCAUCAGUGGAGAGUCUCCAACCAAAAUAUCUCUCCUGCUCUACCAUACGUUGAUUGGAGCGGGCCUUGCUGCCGUGGAACUGGAUGAGAUCAAGAGAUAUGGAUACGAGAGCAAGGCGGCCGCAAGAAAUAACUUUUACUCUAAGGCAAAGGCACUCCUUGACAUGGAGGUGGAGCCUGAUCGUAUGACUACCUGUCAGGCGGCCUUGUUGUUCAUUAGCUGGUCGAGCAACAACGAUCCGAAAGAUGGAAUGCAUUGGACGGGAAUUGCUCUCACCCAAGCGUACUCCAUUGCUCUUCAAAAGACAGCUAAUAAUGCCGAUUCGCCCCUGAAGAGACGCCUUUGGUGGACGUUGGUGAUGAAGGAAGCCGAUGUCUGCCUUUCAAUGGGAAAGCCACCGCGCAUAAUGGCUCUGGAUCAACUCAUGCUGGAUCAUGCGGACUUUGGCAGCAGCGGGCGAGAUGCAUCUUCGCAACAUAUGCUUGAAGCAGCCUGUAUUGAGAAGGUAAAGCUUUGUCUUAUCAUUCAUCGGGUUUUGCGCCUGUUGCAUACUGUUGAUCGACGAAACAUUACUCCGGGAGCCCAAGAUUCCAGAGUAUGGCAAAUGGACUCGGAAUUGCAAGACUGGAAACAUCAAGCGCCUUUUGACCUGUGGCGUUUUUCAGAUGAUUUCGACGCGAAACGAGUACUCCUCACCGUCUCAAUGGUCAAGUUGAGCUACUUGAUGGCUGCCAUAAUGCUGCACAAGCCCGAAGUUCCCAUCAAGAAAUGGACAAAGUGUAUGGAAGAGACGCCCGACCUUUAUCUGGACGAGGAGCUUUGCAGAUAUCAAGCCCAUGCGAGAGCGAUGAGAAGAGCUGCCGAUGACAUGACUCGCAUCCACAAAGAUCUGCACGAUGCUGGUCUGACAAGUGUAAUCCCUGCUCUUGGAGUCGCGACUAUCUGUGCGGCGGUCAGUGUCCAUUUGCUGGACGCCCGUUCGACAAGCGAAGCAAUACGGGCUAGGAGUCUGCAGCAACUCGAUGCUUGCUUGAUUGUUUUGCGGGAAGUCAAGAAUAUCCACUACACUGCGGGCGAAGUUGCAAAGAUCGUCGAAGGUGCUAUCAGAGCUGUGCGCGAGAAUAGGUCACUGGAAAUAAUGAAGCAGUCCGGAACUGCCCAGACCAUUUGCAAUGCCCUUCCCCACGCCGAAGACAUAUCAGAGCAAAACGGGCAAGACGGCUCAGCAGCAAAUAUCUGGAUCGAUCCUUCGCUUGACGUGGAAUAUCUUUUCAACUUUGAUUUUGAAAGGGACCUCUUUUUCGAGUAG